AUGACUGAACCGGAACAUCAACAUCAACAAGACGACGACCAUUGGCGCGCGCGGCUUCUGCGCCAACGCGUCCAUGCCCGCCGACGGCACGGGAAGGAAGAGUCGCCCGCGGUGCCGGAUGAUGAGAGGAAGCAGACGAGGAACGCGGCGGCUCUCCGGGCGCUUCAGUGGGACAAGCGAAACAAUGCCCAACUUCGGGCGAAGGUGUACGAGGAGGAAGUGGAGAACAGGGAUCUGCUCAAGCGCGCUAGCCAACACUUCGUCGUCGACCGCUUGGUGGAUGUCGACCUUAAGGUGGACCUGUCCAGACCAAACGCGAUGCAAUUCAGCACAUGCUCAAAGUGCAAUGCGAGCGUGCUGAAGAAAGUGCUCGACACACACGAGCGCUUCUGCUACGGUGCUGUGGAAAGUCUUGACGACCAACCCGACGAGGACGGAGAUGAUGCCGACGGCAGGGAGGCGGGGCGCACAGACAGCCCAGCGGGACCCAACGCGCAGAACGAGAACAUGAAGCCUUGUCAGUACUGCCGGCGACCGUUCCGGAAGGAGAGAAUGGCCAAGCACGAGGAAGCGUGCAAGAAGAAAAGCAAAGCGCUAGGAAACCGGGAUGGAAAAGAAGAGCGAGCCAGGAACGCUGCUGUGAAGAUGACUCCACGGCCACCACGCAACUUGAAGGUCAUCUGGAGAACAUGCGACCAGGUCGCGCUGGCCUGGGACCCGCCAAUACUCGAUGGCGGCGCCACGGUGUUUGAGCACGAGGUGUCUUACUCCGUGCACGAGGUGGUGAGGAAAGACAAGUACCACAAGGAGGACGUCACAACGGCCAUGGAUCCCGUUCUCACCUCCAGGUGGUGCACAGCCACGCCGGUGGCUGUCAAAGGCUUUACGCUCACGGGGCUAGAAGCGAAGACACACCUCAUCAACAUAUCUGUGCGCUGCCAGAACGAGGCGGGAUGGAGCGAUCCGAGCGAGGUGGUGCCGGAAGUGUAUACGGAAGACUUGGUCAAGUCCAACCGGGCCGUACUGCGGUGGAUGGAGCCUCUCUGCAAGGGAGGAGAGGAGGUGACCGAGUACGAGUUGACAUACUCUGACGUCGUGCCAAAGGACAAUCAGGCUGUCACCACCAGGAAGAUCGAGGAGGAUCGCCACCACGAGAUGAAAGUACCGGCGAGCGCUAGCGAGGAGGAUCAAGGAGACCAGGUCCUGGUCUUACGAGGGCUGCGGGCGUCGACCGUGCACAAGGACCUAACGCUCAGAGCCAUCGGGGGGUCGGGAAUGGCGAGCGCCGCUGUUUUCGCACCUACCUUCACCACGCUACCCCCCGGCAAUCGUCAGCGCAUAAUGGACGAGCUCAGGCGUGCGCGCGCUGCUACCGGAGGUUGGAUCGAUACCGACUUCUACAAAGGUUUCAUGCAGCGAGAGAACCGUGAAGAGUACAUAGCUAGGCUGGAGCGAGACCUGGAGAGUCUACCCGUCCAGCUAGCGGGCGAAGAGGAUAGCGACGAGGAAAUAGUGACUUCUCAGGCCGAGGGAGAGAAUGAAGAGACUCCGGUAUCCAACAGAAACUUAGCGGAGGAGGAGCGCCUGAAGCAACAGGAAGAACUGCUCGAGUCCGUGUUCCAUGGCUAUAAGAGAAGGAAGUUUCAGUUCGAGGUCCGCCUCAGGAGGCUGCGCGAGCAGAUUGAGGAAUGCGAAGAGACUAGGCUUGGGCACAUCGGACUCAGGGCAGUCCUGGCGCAACAGCUCAACUCCACACAGGCGAGGGUAAUGGAGCUUCAGGCGGAGCUCGACCGGCUGGCUACGUUCAAGGGGGGGCAUGUCAACUCGUCCGUCCUGCACGGGUCCCAACAACGGUUUCCCAUUAAAAUCCUACGCCAGAAACUGCGGAAGGAGUUCGAGUUGGGCCAGGCGUCCAUAGCGCGGGAUAAGGCAAACCUCAUGGAGGGCACGAAGACGUCUCUCCGGGCCAUGCAACUCAAGCUCAAGCGGGAAGGGGAGCUGAAGGAGAGGAUCGCGGCGUUUGCGGUGUUCAACAAGAAUGCCGAGAAGGCCAAGAAACUCAGCGCGAAUCUGAAGGUCAACACACAGAGUGACGAGGCGGUGAAGGAGAAAGCGUUUUCGGCGCUAUUAUCAGCGGUCAAGUCGACACAGCAGGAGAGGGCCGUCAUUCUCAAUGCUCUCGUCAGGAUGCGGACGAGGUUGAUUAGCGCGGCGUUCGCCAAGUGGCAUACAGGAAAGCAUGCCACCGUGGACAAAGUGGAGAUUUCGUCCGAGUACGUCAUCCGCGGCAUCGGCGGCCGACACCUUAUGUGGGCAGAGGAAGGACGUGAAGUGAUGGAGAAAGAGCUCCAGGUGGUAAUGAGAGAUGCGGCGGCGCUCCGCCGAGAUUUCGCGCGGAUGAGCUUGACCAACAAGCAGAAGAAGGCGCUGGAAGGCAGUGCCAUUUUCCACGAAACCGAGCUAGGAUCCUUUGUGGAGGAUAGCGAAGCGGCCGGGUUGGACACGGCUCUGGUUGCGCAGGGCGAUGGGUUCAUCAAGAUUGGCCAGGCAGCGAAGGCUUGCAUCUGCUACUCUCGGCAGAUUUCAAACCUUGACGUGCAGUCCGAUCGAAUGGGCCUCACUGCUCUCGGCGUGGCCCACGCUAGGCUAGCAAAGGCUCAAAAAGCAUGCGAUCGUGUCGACCUCGCGGCCGUGAGCUUCGAAAGGGCACUGGAGCUUUCCACCGAGGGGAAGCACCUCCCGGGUAUUGUGGACGCGCUCGAAGGUCUUGGCCGCUGCUGCCUCGAGAACUGCCAGUACAGGGAUGCAGUUUCAUUGUUCAAGCGGGCGCUUGCGCGGAACGUGGAGAUAAGGAAUCUCCCGCAAGACGCACGUCUUUUUCGCCUUCUAGAGGAAGGCCAUCGCCGGAUGGUUGAUGACGAGCACGCGAAGGUUUACGCGGACAGGGCCGAGUCGAUCGAGAAGGAGAUGGAGAGCAAACUUUCGAAAGCCAAGGCUAGUCUCGAAGAUUCCACCACGCGCCUCGUCGGGCGGACGGCUAACAGCGCCAAGGUGAUUCGCUUGGAGAGGGUCACGGCGGGCUACGUAGCCAUGUGCUCGAGACGGGCGUACCUCGUCGAAAAUCUGAAGGAAACGCUCAUCGCUAAAAAGGCGCAGGAGAAGGUGGUGAAAAUGCAUGAGGCAAAGCUCCAGCUCAUCAAGGAGCAGCUGCAGGAGGCCCUGGAGACCGACAAGGACGCCAUGUCCUCCACACUCAUCGUCGAGGGAGAAAUCAUGUCGUUCGAGAUAGAGGAGCUCAAGAUCAGACUCAGAGAGAGAGAAAUUGAGGUGUCUUCCGAAUUGACGAGACAUGCCGGGCUCCUGACGGCGCUGUCCAACCGCGUGACCAACUCGGCGGACGAAAUCGAUGGUCUGGACCAGGAAAUCGCCAUUGAGGGUGGCCCUCUGAUGACCAGCGUCGUCGGCAAGGCUCGCCUGCGCCUGAUCGGGAUGAACCCGUCCAACACAGCCGGUAACGAGGUGGAGGGCACGGCGACGGGGGGGAUCGAAAAGAUCGUAGCCGCGGAAGGGAGAAAGGUCUUGGUGUACGGAAUAGCGACGGGAACGCUGGAGCAUGUGUUCAGCGGGGAUGAGCCGGGCAGACACACGGGAGAGCUGCUGGGACACUCUAGGGUAAUAACUGCCCUCUUUUUCUACAAGAGCGUGGUGUACACUGGUUCCAUGGACUGCACCGUGCAGGUGUGGGACGUCGACGAGAGAAAACGCCUCAUGGUGCUUCAGGGACACGAAGCUACGGUCUGCAGCGUGGUGGCGGACGAGCACAAGAUCGUCUCUGGAGCGGCGGAUAAGAACAUCCUUAUUUGGAAUCAUGGAGACGGCCGCAUUUUGCGGGUUCUUCACGGACACACCAAGAGUGUCAUCUCUUUGCAUACUGGUGCCUCGUUCAUCCUGAGUGGGGGAGCCGACGGGGAUAUUCGUCUCUGGGGCGCUGGAAACGUUUCGAGGUUCUCGAAGGCGAGGACAAACAACGCCACCGUGGACAACGAAGAUGAGUUGGAGCGGUACGAGUGCAAGCAGCGGUUGGCCGGGCACUAUCGUUCCGCCACCUGUGUGUCGUACGGGCGGCUCGAGCUCGUCAGUGGCCACGAAGACGGGACUGUGGUCGUUUGGUGGGCCUCGACAGGCUUAAUUAUGAUGAAAAGCAAGGUACACUCAGGGCCAAUUCGUCAACUACAAUUUGACGCCACCAAGGUGGUGUCUUGCAGCACCGACGGCACGAUCACUGUCACGGAUCUCACCACGGGGGAGUGUACGAUGACCCUCAGGGGCCACGAGGGAAUGGUACUCGCCGUCGCGUUCGACAGGUCUAAAAUCAUCAGCGCCAGCGACGACGGUACCCUGAGGACCUGGGUGUGGGCGGCGAGGGGUCCGAGACAGGACAAGUACGCUGUGUUGGGUCCCGGCGAUAACCUCAGUAGACUCGCCAAGCAGAACAACACCACAGUUGCGGACAUUGCCAAGUGGAACGGGGUGCGAGAUGCAAGACAGCUCGGGGUUGGAGUCCGGCUAAUCGUGGCUAAAGGAAACCCGAACGAGCCGACCGCGGCGGAGAAGGAAGCAGAGAAAGCAAACGCAAUCAAGGACCGACGCUCCAAGACUAUAGAGAAAGCUAGAAAGAAGAUAGCCGAGUCAACGGGAGUGGCGGGGGCGUACCGUCGUCCAAGAGGCGCUUUAGCGCCUUUGGAUGAUUCUUCCUCGCUGAUAGGACGAAUAGCCCGAAGAGAUGCGAGCUUCUCGGAGAUGUGGCAAGAGGCGCGAAGUGACAAAGACGGAGAUGGAAGCGGGUCCGACUUAGACGGGGACGGGGACAGCGAAGACAAUGCCGAGGAUGAUAUCCUCGCGAAGCAAGCCAGGGAGAGAGAGCAAACGGUUGCAGAUGUCACCGGCGCCGUUCUGGGAGCUAUGGUAGCGCUUCUCGCCAAAGAAAUCGCGCGCGACGCGAUUGGGACGUCCGUACCGAAGAAGGGGAUCAUCGGUCGCGUGAACACGUACUACUCCUACAACGCCGCGAUUGAUGCUGCGGAAGACGCCGCCGAAGCAGAGGAGCAGAAAAAAGCGUCAGCCGCUGCAGCCAGCCAAGGCGGCGAUGUCGACGAGCCUCGGCUACACUUGCCUCCCAUUGAACAAAGCAGCAGCAAUGGUAGCAGAACCGGAGAUGGGCAGCGUCCGAAAUCACCACCGCCCCGUCCUAGAUCGGCGUCGCGACAUAUUAUCUCCGGGAGACCAAGCCGUAGCGACGGGUGGCAUCUGGGAUAG